GACGUCACUGGCUGCCGCCUCAGGCUGGCGCGGGUUGCAUCUGCGUCAGCGCCAUUGUGCGCCUCCCCCAAGAUGGCGGCUGCUGCAGUGGCACUUCUACGCGCAGGCGCAGUAAAGCCCUCCCCAGGAUCCAGGGUAGUGGACGCAGCGUUCGCAGUCUGUUCCUUUCGGAUUUUGACCCCUUUCCAUUUUCAAAAGCUCUGUCUAGUUCCAUCACGUUUGAGGGGCAGCGCACGCAGCCCUGCGCAGUGCCGCAGUGCGGCGCAUGCGCGGAGCGCUCUGCAGUGCGGCAGUGCGGCCGGCGCGGCGCGUGGGCGGCGCAGAGCUGGCGGUGGCGCCUGGCUGGUGCAGUGCGGAGCUGGCAGCGGCGGCGGCGUGAUGGAGCGAGCCAGGGAUCGCUUACACCUGAGAAGAACUACAGAGCAGCACGUGCCGGAGGUGGAAGUCCAAGUUAAACGCAGAAGAACAGCUUCCUUGAGCAACCAAGAGUGUCAGCUGUACCUGAGGCGUUCUCAGCAGCAGCAGGUUCCUGUGGUGGAUUUCCAGGCAGAGCUGAGACAGGUGUUCUUAGCUGAGACACCGAGAGGUGGUUAGGAGCUUUGGAACAUUAAGGCAUUAUGGCUCCUCCACCUGGUAUGAGACCACCCAUGGGCCCACCUAUUGGGCUUCCUCCUGCUAGAGGGACACCCAUAGGCAUGCCCCCUCCAGGAAUGCGACCCCCUCCACCAGGGAUUAGAGGUCCACCUCCCCCAGGAAUGCGUCCACCAAGACCCUAGGAUACUGUUGUUUGAGCUUAGUUAUUUUUCCCCCACAGUGCAUCUUGUGAAACUGUAGAUUGUGAGCUCCCCCCCUUUCUGCAUUUAAUAACAGCUAAAAAUAAAUGUGUAGAGCAAGUAAA